AUGGCAACAGCUCUGCCAACAUUCCCUUCCUUCGAUCCCAACGCGGACCAGGGAGCACCCGGCGUCAGAUUUAAGAAAUACAUCGCUCGUUUUCGAAAUUUGAUAGUUGCUACAGACAUCGAUGAUCCCAAACGUCAAAAGGCGCUCCUAUUACACUACAUCGGUGAAGAAGUCAAUGAUAUCUUUGAAACACUCACAGUCAGUGAACCGGCUGAAGGAGAAACAGUUCUAGACGUCACAAUCAAAGCACUAUCUGAAUACUUUACACCAAAGAAAAACCCUGUAUUCGAAGAAUAUAAAUUUUGCAACGCCAAACAAAACAACGACGAAGCUCUUAUGACGUACUAUACACGACUCAAACAACUUUCCCUCACCUGUGAAUUUCACGAUGCCGAUCGCGAAAUCAAAUCUCAGAUCAUCCAACACGGCCGCUCGCAACGACUUCGACGAAAAGCUUUAAUCGAUCCAACUAUAACCCUGGCAAAACUUCUAGAAAUGGGUAAAGCGGCGGAGCUAGCCGACUCGCAAGCAGCGAACUUAGAACGAACAGAGAACGUCAGCCAUUUCACAACCGGAAGUAGCAAAAACCACAACAAAGCACGCUUCCAAUCCCGGAGCCCCGGUACCAGGGUGAAAUGUCGUAAUUGUGGAGGCACAUACCCGCAUGAAGGCGGAAAAACUGCUUGCCCAGCAUACGGAAAGGAAUGUCGCUCCUGCGGAAAACUUAACCACUUUCAGUCCGUAUGUCUCCAAGACAGACAACGUUCAAACCCCACCAAACCACGUCAGCGACGCUACCCGCAAACAGCCGAACGACAGGACGUCCGAGCGAUGGACAACACCGCAGAAACUGACUACAGCGAUGACAGCGACGAAGUUGGCGUGUUCCGAAUCAACGUCAACAACAUGACUUCGGAUCGCAAGAAACACCCAUUAUUUGACGUCACCAUCGAGGGAACACUGCUGACCAUAAUGGCAGACUCUGGUUCCAGUAUCAACAUUCUGGAUGAGCAAGAUUACAACAAGCUCUCCCCACGACCGAGUUUGGAGCAAACACGCAUCAAAGUCUAUCCUUACCAGACCGAGACACCCCUACCCGUCCUUGGGCAAUUUACCUCCACCGUCGCAUCGGAAACAGUCAACCGUACAGAGACAUUCUAUGUUGUGAAAGGAACCAGUGGGUCAUUGCUUAGCUGGCGCACUUCUACCGACCUGCAGCUACUCAAAGUCGUAAAGCCCAUUACACAUCAAAACCUUCCCACCGUUGAACAGCUCACCACCCAAUACCAGGACUUGUUCCAAGGACUCGGCAAGUUGAAAGAUUACCAAGUUCAGCUUCAUAUUGACGAAGGUGUAUCACCAGUUGCCCAACCACACCGACGCGUGCCGUUCCAUGUGCGCAAACAACUUGAGGAACAGCUAAGUCAGGACGAAAAACUGGGUGUAAUCGAACGCGUGGAGGGCCCAACCCCCUGGGUAUCACCCAUUGUUGUGGCACCAAAGCCCAAGUCACCCGGAAAGGUCCGUGUAUGCGUUGACAUGCGUCGUGCAAACACAGCAGUCCAGCGUGAACGCCACAUCACCCCAACGAUCAAGGAAAUCAUCGGCGAUUUGAAUGGUGCAACUGUCUUUAGCAAACUCGACCUCAACCAGGGUUACAACCAACUAGAACUAGCCCCGGAAUCCAGGUACAUUACCACCUUCAGCACCCACCUUGGGCUCAUGCGCUACAAGCGACUCAACUUUGGAAUAUCUAGUGCCGCCGAAAUCUUUCAGAACGCCAUCCGCGAGAGUCUUGACGGCAUCCCGGGCGCAAUUAACAUCAACGACGACAUACUCGUUUUUGGCAAGACCCAGAAGGAGCAUGAUCAAGCACUCGCAGCAGUGUUUCAGCGGCUUCGAGAACGCGGGCUGACCUUGAACAAACUCAAGUGCGAGUACAGCAAAAACAGCCUUGAGUUCUUCGUGUACGUUUUUGGUGCGGAUGGCAUGGCCCCCGAUCCAAAGAAAGUUCAAGAUAUUCUAAACCUCAAAGCUCCAACGUCAGUCACAGAAGUCCGUAGCCUGCUAGGCAUGACCAACUACUGUGCACGAUUCGUCGAGGGAUAUGCCACAAUUACUGAACCUCUGCGAGCCCUUACCCACAAGAACCAUGCCUGGGAGUGGAUGGACAAGCAGGAACAUGCCCUGGCCCAGCUCCGGCAUGUGUUGGCCAAUGCACCUGUCACAGCGUACUUCAACCCUGAGAAAACAACUGAAAUCUCUGUUGAUGCAAGCCCGGUUGGGCUGGGCGCCAUCUUAGCGCAAAUCGAUCCCACAACCAAAGUCAAGCGUAUCAUUGCAUAUGCCAGCCGGUCUCUGACCACCACCGAGCAACGCUACAGCCAGACUGAGCGCGAAGCCCUCGCUGUAGUAUGGGCAUGUGAACACUUUCACCUCUACAUUUACGGCAAGCCAGUCAAUGUCUACACAGACCACAAGCCCCUCGUUGCUAUCUAUGGCAACACGAACUCGAAACCACCUGCUCGCAUCGAAAGAUGGGCACUCAGACUUCAACCAUACCAGACCACCGUGUAUUACCGAAAAGGAGAAGAAAAUCCUGCAGACUAUAUGUCUAGGCACCCUUCCAGUCACACCGAACCCUGCAGCAGACAGGAAAAAGUUGCUGAAGAGUACAUAAAUUACAUUGCCACAACUUCAACACCAACUGCACUCACCCUCAGCAUGAUUGCAGAGGCCACAGGACGUGACCCAACCCUCCGUGCCGUCAUAGACGCCGUUCAAUCAGGCAAGUGGCAUGAACUAGCCAAGCAUCCAAAGGUCGACACUGACACAUUUCACACAUACGAACGCCUCAAAGAUGAGUUAACCGUUGGAACAACAACCCAAGUAGUCAUUCGUGGAACGAAAUUAGUGAUUCCAAACAAGCUACAACGUCGCGUCGUGGACUUGGCUCACGAAGGUCACCAAGGCAUUACCAAAACCAAAUCCCUACUACGAGAGAAGGUGUGGUUCCCCGGAAUCAACAAAAUGGUCGAAGAACGAGUAAAAUCCUGUCUCGCAUGCCAAGUUGCAACCCCGGAGGCAGCACGUGAGCCGUUACAAAUGUCUACUCUGCCCGAUCAAGCGUGGGACGAGAUAAGCGUUGACUUUGCUGAACUCUCAACAGGGGACUACCUCUUGGUAGUAUCUGACGACUACUCACGCUAUCCAAUCGUUGAAGUUAUUCGUUCAGUGGCAGCCCAAGCUGUAAUUCCUAAACUCCAACACAUCUUUUCACAAUUUGGCAUUCCAGGAAUUCUGAAAUCCGAUAACGGUCCGCCGUUCAACUCCGAAGCCUUUGCAACUUUCGCCGCUAACCUGGGAUUUACCCACAGAAAGAUCACUCCCUAUUGGCCAAGAGCCAACGGCGAAGUAGAGCGGUUCAUGAGGACGGUAAAGAAGAUCGUGAAGAUUGCACUUACACAGCAGAAACCAUGGCGAGAAGAACUAACCAACUUCCUUCGGAACUUCAGAGCUACACCACACAGCUCAACUGGAAAGGCCCCAGCAACAGCCUUCUUCAAUCGCCAACUCCGAACGAAGCUACCCGAUGUACACACCAAUGCACGGGACCCAGCCGAGAUCCAAGAGACGGACCAGAAAGCCAAAAGAAAGAUGAAGAAAUAUGCUGACUCGAAAGCAUAUGUCAAGCCAUCAAGAGUACGACCUGGCGAGACCGUGGUCCUAAAGCGUGAUCCCUCACAUCGAAAGUCCGAAACCCCGUAUGAACCAAAGCCAUACAAAGUAAUCAGCUGCAAAGGCUCGAUGGUAACCGCCACGCGAGGGGAAAAGACAGUGACCAGAAACUCGUC